GUGCGAUAGGCGAUGCCGGAUUCAAGUUGGAUGAAUACACCGACGGAAAGCCGUCGGGCAUCAUUGCCGAUGCGGAAACUCAAACCACGAAGCUGACCGACCGUGAUGAGUUCCUCGUCAUUGGCUGCGAUGGCCUGUGGGAUGUGAUGUCGUAUGAUAGAGUCGUGCGAUUUUGCUCCCAGCUUGCAGCGGAGGGCGUGCCACCACAGGAUAUCACCGAUAGAUUGUGUCAGGAGGCUUUGCAGCAAGGCAGCACUGACAAUGUGACAUGUGUGUACAUCAAUAUAAAGACCAAGCAACCAAACUCUGGUGACUGGCGUCCUCUGAGUGCGGCUUCUACCUCUCAGAAAACUGCGUAG